CCUCAAACUCUCUACAAAAGAAAAACACUUCCACAAGAAAAUAAAGAAAGCAACACUCAAGAUUAAUCUAAGUAAAAGAGAUAAGUCAUGGGAAGAGAUCACGAAGAAAACCCUCCAGUUCCACUACAUCUCUGCGUCUUUGUCUUCAUCCUCUUAAUGUUCGUAACUAUUUCAUGGUAUGCGAGCUACGAACCAGUUAUAGAAGGUUUUACGGACCAGCUCAAGCUUGCUCUCAUGGCUUCUCCUCUGCUUUUGCUCUUGGCCGUUCAUUUUCUAUCCAACGGUGAAGGAGGAAGGAUGGUGACGUCAUUGAUACCUUUGAACGAGAGAGAGUCUUUGUACAGAGCUGGAGGAACGCCGUGGGGAGUGGCCUUCAUGCUCGUUUUCCUUUUCCUCAUGGUUUCUUUUCAAUCUCAGUUUCAAGAACGUUGGUUUACUCUAAGAUAAAAAGGAAUCGUGUAUGUGUAUUUUCUCAUUGGGUCUAGAAUAAAAGAUUCAUGAUAAUGUAUGUUUAAUUUUUUAUCGUUCUUCUUAAUUACCAUACCAUUUUAUGUGCUUUUUAAUUAUACUGUCUCAUUGUAUAUAAGCUUUUUGGUAUCAGCACAAAUAAAUAUGGGCAGUGA